CGGUGCAUUAUGUGAUAAACUGCACACAGAAGUUUACAAAUUCGUUGUUAUUUGAAAUGCCAAACGGUGUUUCCCAUCCCCUGCGUAUGGUAGCAUCAGUUGCUGUUUCGCUUCUUGGUGGAGUUUUCGCUGUUGGUUUUCUGUCCUCUUCAGUUUCCGAACGCUACACUUCAUUUAAAAAGAAAAAAUAUGGGCGGCCAUGUCGGAGCUGUAAAGCAGUUGGCUACUACGCGUGCAAGACGUGUAAAGGGUGUGGCACUAUAAAUUGGUCUCCACUCUAUGAUCCAAUCUUCAUAAACCCUUGUGUCUGUCCAACCUGUGAUGGAUUCAAGGUCCAACGCUGUCUUAACUGCUUGGGAUACGGCUCUGCAUAAGUUUUCAAUAUCACGGUGCUAGUAAGAUUGGGUCUUUUCAAUCUUGUUGAAAUGGAAUUCGCUGGUUUUGCUAAUCGGAAGCCACACUUACACCACGAGCUAGGAAUUCGUCGUGUUACCUUAGAAAUGUUUACAAAAUAGAUGCUUAGGCAAAUGUUCAUCUGAAACCAUGAAACAUGGCCGUUGUUAGUGAAGUUACAUAUGUUUUCAAAGAUGAACCAUUGUGGUUUUGCUGUGAUUUUUGGUUAUAAAUAUGUUCACAUUGAUGGUAAUAUGUAGCACUCCAAUAUUUGAGUAAAUGAUUAAUGUAUAGUCUGUAUUUUGGAACA